GGUUUUCUUAUCCGGUCACAUCACUGGAAAGGAUACCAGAGAUAAAUCUGCCUUUAGAAAAUCCUACCACACCGCCGUGCAGCCAUGACUUCAGCCGGAGGUCUCACAGGACUUUGGGUGGUGGCUUUUCUGACUCUUCAUGUUGCAAAUUUUGGAGAAACCCAAAAUGCCGCUCCCAAUAAGGUUGACGUUCCUUUCCCACCCGCCCGUCCCACGGCCCAGAACCUGGCGGCCAUUUGCCAUCAGGGUCAGGGUCGACCCAGGUACCCGGCAAGCUUCUUCCCAAGAUCCGGCUCAAGCCACUUCCGACGCCGUGGAGAUGCCAUCAACCGUCUGGAGUCGUGGUUCCAGUCGUGCUGCAGUGGCCAAGCGUCAGAGCAGAGUCACCAGAUCCUGUGCUGUGCCCAACAAGCUUGGAAACAAGCUCUGUCUCAGUUCUGUGUGGAGGAAUAUUCCACCAUGACUGCGGCAUACCUGUGCUGCAGGAGCCAAGGAGACGCUCGGUGGACGUGCUUCGACAGCGAGCUGCCAAACCCAGACUACAGCCCAACACCAGGCUACACUGCUCCCCACGUCCCAGAGGAGCCAGGAUUCACCUACAACACAAAUACUUGCUAAAGUAAAGAUUAAAAUAAUGUGUUUAAUCCAUUUGGACAAAAAUUACAAUAGUAUAAAAGAGUUUACAAUCUUUUCUGCAGGUUUUUGUUUGAGCUGCUCAGAAUAACUCUUAAUGGCUAAACUAAAGAUUUCACAUGCUAUUUUAUGAUUGAACACACAACUCUAUACAGUUUGGCAACUUCAAAUAAGAGAAAUAAUAGUGAUUUUGAGACACACUUAUCUGAUUAUUUUCAAUCCAUACAUGUAAUAAAAAGUUCACAGAUGCAAUAAAACAAGUGUACAACUCAAUAGUCGAGUGUGUGACAGUUUUCCGAAUGACAAAGUCACAAAUAAACACUUUGAGUUAUGUCAUUGAAAGUAAAUAGAAAUGUUGUAUCUUUUUUAAAGAUUUCUACACUGCACUUCCUGUUUGGCUUCAAAAUAAAAGUGGAACACUCAAACACUCUUUUGUGUUUUCCUUCAACAUGAUUGUAAUAUUUUUAUAAUUGGGAUGUGUGUCGAUGAUGUUUGACAAAUCUACAACAAUAAAGCCCCAAACAUGUAUACUUCCA